AUGGCUCUACCUUUUGUAUCUCAGAGUCACAUAUAUGGCAUAAACACACACGCAGCAGCGCCCAUACACCGUCUCUCAAAUGGCGGACCAGACAUGAUACUGUUCUAUUCAGCAGGCUCGCAACUCGUAGUCCACAAUUUGGAAACCAAGACGCAAAAGUUUAUAUCGUGUGGCAGUGACGGGGAAGUGAUUACUGCUAUUGGAGUAUCUGCAAAUGGUACUUAUGCUGCUGCUGCAUUGUCUAAUGGGAAUGGACCUGCUUCGAUCCUUGUGUGUGAUUUGACUACGAUGAGGAAGAAGAAGAUUGUGUAUGCUGAGGCAGCUGUCAAGACUUUUAUCUUUGUGGCAUUCUCGGAUGAUGGAAAGUUGCUGCUAGCUCAAAGUGCUGGCCCAGAAUGGAAUCUAUACUGCUGGGCCUGGGAAAAACCCAAACUGAUAACCUCCAUCAAAACAUCCACCCACACCGCAGUCCACGGCUCUGACGCCGAUCUACGCCAAGCCGCCAUAAACCCAUUCGAAUCUUCACUAACCCAAAUCGCUAUCUGUGGCGACCACCUCUUCCGAGUCUUUACACUCGUCGACUCACAUUUCAAGAUGACUGUACAACAUAAACCCGACAAGAACCUGUUAUGUCUGGCAUGGUUGAGCGAUACACGGAUUGCGUGUGGGACAGACGAUGGUCAUGUACUGGUGUUUGAGGGUAAUGAUGUGCUGCUGGAUUUACAGCCCACCAUGCCGACUAAUUUCAAGAGUGAAAUACCUGUCAGUGUUACGGCGUUGGCUUCACAUGGAUUGGGACUUGCUGUUGGACUAUCAACUGGACAUUGUAUAUCGUAUGACAAGAACGAUAACGCCGAGUCUCUGUAUGCGCAGUCACGGAUUUACAUCACCUCACCUUCACAACUUGUAAACUCGAUAUCUAUUGGCCAUUCAGAAGAUUUAGCGGUCUGUAUCGUGAACGAUGGUGGUGUGUUUGAAGUGCCGUUGCUCGGUGAAGAUCCACUGGAAGGUGUUGAGCUGCCUGCCACGAGAAUGCUGCAGAGGUUUCAUAGUGGUUCUGUUGUGGGGCUGGAUGUAUGUAUUAGGAAGCCCAUGUUUGUUACGUGUGGCACGGAUAAGACUGCACGAGUUUGGAAUUACUUGGAGGGUACUGUUGAUGCAGUUGCAAAUUUCGAGGAGGAGCCUACAUGUAUCGCACUACACCCCUCAGGCCACUACAUGUUCGUCGGAUUCCCAGACUGCGUGCGAAUGUUUAACGUCCUGUGCGACGAUAUUCGUCCCUUUUGGGAAAAUCCAAGUGUCGGAUGCCGUGAAGCCAGAUUCUCACACGGAGGACAAUUCUUUGCAAUGUCUGUCGCUUCCGCAAUUGAAAUCCGAUCUUCAUGGACUUGUGAAGUUGUCAUGACACUGACUGGUCAUGAAGGCAGGAUACGAUCUAUUACUUGGUCGGGAGACGACGCGAGACUGAUUUCUACUGCCAUGGAUGGAAGUAUUAUUGAAUGGAGUUUGCUGAAUAGGAGUCGUGAUAGUGGAUGUGUGAGGACGUUUAUUGCUGUGCCGAGCUCGGAGGUCCUGUAUUCUUGUGUGUCGUAUUCGCCGGAUGAGAAUAGUGUGUAUGCUACGGCCAAUGAUGCGAGCUUCAAGGAGUUUUCAAGAGCUGGGUUGCUUGUGAGGGAUGUGCCUAUGAAGACUUUAACAACUCCCACAGUUCAACUUUCAAACUCUCGACGUAUGCUCUUUACAUCAACAGCAACAGGAGCUCUUCGAGCCCUCCGAUUCCCACUGCCAGUCCCUAAACAAAUAAUCCACGCAAACGACGACGCUGCUUCUGAGACAUCACCACAAGCCCUAGCACUACCUACUACAUCAACCAAUCCCACCAUCCACACUCCAGCCACACAACCCCUGUCCGUUACAGCCCAAAAUCACGGCAGCAUCGUGCCACCAACCCCAGUAUCCAAAGCACCACGUCAACCACAAUCCCUCAUCGUAAACAGGCAGGAUAUCGAGCAUGUCGAUCAUGCUUCCCAUUCUAUUGGUGUUUCUAAACUACGAUCAUCAUAUGAUGAUGCAUUCUUGUUUUCUGCUGGAGAAGACGGCUCAGUCAUCGUAUGGAAGGUUGUUGAUAGGACUACGUUGCCGCCAGCCAUGAAAGUGAAAGAGAUGAAGGAGAUGAUUCUGGCCAAGAAGGAACCGGUGCUGGCGUAUGGUGAUGAUGUUAUGGUUACGAAAUCGGAUUUGAGGGAGAUGGCGAAGGGGACUAGUGUGCUGAAGCAGCAGGUUGAGGAUAUUCGGAAAUCAAAUGAAGCUCGUCUCAAAGAUCGAGACGAUACGCAGACAGCGUCGUUGAAGGAGCUUACUGAUAAGUUUGAUGCGGAGUUUGUUGCUCUGAAAGAGUUCUAUGACUCUUUGAUACGAGGACGAAUAGAAAACCAGAGCAAGUUUGAAAGGCUUCUGGAAAAGAUUCGUGAAAAUGCUGCCAAUACUCGUCAGGAAGCAAUCAAAUCUUUUGCAAAGCGAAUGGAAAUAGAAAUCGAAAAGCAAAACGAUAUUCAAACCACAAGUCGUGAGGAGAAGCAAGCAUGGGAGAAACAAAUCAAGGAAGAUGAAUUGGAGUAUUCCAAAACUUUUGAGCGUAUACGAGAGCAGAAUGAGGCUCGUAUUGCUGAGAAGAGUGCAGAUACUUUACGUUUACGAAUAGAGAUAUCCAAAUGCAAUGACUCCUACUCCCAAACAAUCUCCGAUCUCUCUUCAACAUCAUCAGAAGAGAUGAUUGCUAUCCAGGUCCAGAACGAGGAAAAGCUAGCCAUAGAACGUGAAGGCUUAACAUCAAUUAUCGCCGAAAACAAUGCAACAAAAGCAACCUUCCAGAAACUAAAUCUCGAAAUCAUCUCAUGUCGUAGCGAACUUUCCCAAUUCGGCAUUGAGGAAAAGAAGCUUCGUGAACGUAUGAAGCGAUUGGAACGUGAAUUGGAAUUACAAAAGAAGGAGUUGGGGGAGAGGGAUAGCAUGAUGCGUGACAAGGAUGGGAGGGUGAUUGAUUUAAAGAAUAAGAAUCGAGAGCUGGAAAAGUUUAAGUUUGUGCUGGAUUACAAGAUUCAGGAGAUGAAGAAGCAGAUUGAGCCGAAGGAGGCUAAUGUGGUUGAGUUGGCUGAGCGUAUCAAGUACAUGGAGGCAGAACUACAUGAAUACCAACUCCAUUACCAUAACCUCCUACGUGAAAACGAACAAGUACACCAAAAAUUCAAAGCUAUAUGUCAAGUUCGUGAUGACGAGAGGGAUCGAGUUAUAGAAUGCUCGUCAUUUAGAGAUCGAAUCAGGGAUGACGUUAUGACCAUAUACAAGCUGUCUAGAAAGGAUGAUGUCAAUGCUUUCAAGCUCGCAGCUAUAACCUUUCUCCACAAAUACAAUCCACCCACACCAACCAGCGACUCUGACCUCCUAACCGCAUCGGCCAAACAAGGCACAUCCAAAUCAGAACGUGAAUCCCUCCUCCGUCACCGUGACCUUCUAGAACACGGUGUAUCAACACUACGCCGAACCGUCGCUGCCAAGAUGGACCAAAUCGACUUUGAGGAAAGGCGAGCCAAGACUGAAAACUUGGCGCUGACGAAUGAGUUGAAUGAUCUGAGGAGGUCUACGAUACAUUGCCUGAAUCGGCUGAGAGCGCUUGGUGUGGAUCCGGCGGGGGAUAAUGUGUUUGAGAAGAGGGAGAGGCUGCCUCCAUUGGCCUGA